AUGGAUUAUGUGAUGAGGUGGGGGAAAGGAGGAAGGGAAAAAAAGAAGGAAAGCAGACCGAGCUCCACCGAUCUUGCAGAAGCAGCAGCAAUAGCCGCUCCUCCUCCUCCUCAGCAGGUAAGCAGCACCCCCAUUCUUCAUCCUCCACCCUCUCCUCUCCCCUGGGUGCUCCUGACCCUUUGGUUUCCCCGCUCCCCUCCUUCCCUGCAGCUGCAGCCCACGGCGGAAGGGUCGUCGGCGAGCAAGGUGAGCAGCCUGGAGCACUGCCACCACGGCGCCGGCGACGAGCCGUCCUUCCGGAUGGAGGACCUUCCCGCGGAGAUUCUACCUGUUAUAAUCUCACUGCUCCCACUUAAAGAGGCUGUGAGGACCAGCAUUGUUUCAACAAGUUGGAAAAUGCUCUGGACAUUCCACUGUAAUCUGUGUUUUUAUGGUCCCAAUGAACUGGAUGAUGACCCUUCUGUGCCCCCUUUGGAAUCUGAUGAGGAGGCCGCCGUUGAUGAAUAUGUCAAAACAUCACAGGCUAAGUUGAAAAUGAAACAAGAUAAGUUCAUUGAGGCUGUGAAUUGUGUUAUUCAACGGCAUAGCAGGGUGGGAAUCAACAAGUUCAGCAUCAGGUGUGGCCUGCACAAGGAGGAAUUUUAUCAUCUUGACAGGUGGAUUGGCUUUGCCGCUUCAUCAAAGGCGAAGAUUGUAGAUUUUGACCUGAAGAAAAUUGAUUCGCCAUCCAGAGAAGUUCACCAGUUCCCUCUUGAGGCCUUAGUUGUUCAAGGCAGCUCUUGUGUGCAGUCCUUGUAUCUCGCUGAUGUUUCUAUAAAGCCACACCCAGGCAUAUUUGGCUUCACACUACUCAGAAGGCUUGUUCUGGAAUUUGUUGAGAUAUUCAGAGACUUUUCAGGAUUUUUAGCAAACUGUUCAGCACUCGAGGACCUAGAGCUGAUUGAGUGCUCCGGUGUAACCAAUUUAAGCAUACCGCACCAACUUGAUAAACUUCAACAUUUGCUAAUUGACAGAAUGGAUGUCGAGACGGUUGAGUCUCAUGCUGCCGAUCUUGCUCAUCUUAAGUACAAAGGAAAAGAGAUCCCUAUAGUACUUCAUGGUCGCUCAAAGCUAGAGAUGGCUACAAUAAUGUUUGAAGGCAGCAAUGGAUUGGCCCGUGCAUUCACUGCAGUUCCAAUCAUUUUGAGAGUGAAGGUGCUAAAUGUGCAAGCUCAAAUAUCUGCUUAUGAACAGUUGCAGAAGCUGGCACCAAGACCGUGUGGCAUGUUUAUGCAUUUGAGACACAUGACUUGUGGGUUAACUGUCUUGUCUCUUAAGAAACCAAAUUCCGAUAAUGGAGUUCUUCAACUGGUCCACUGUCUGAAUGUUGCACCCCUACUGCAGACGUUGCACUUGGAUAUGAUAUAUUCAUACUUCAAGGCUUCAGCGCCUGCUGAGGUGGCGGAGGAGGAAGGCCCCCACAUGCAUCACCAUGGUCAUCUUAAGACUGUCCACAUCAGCGGGUUCCGGUGCUACAAGGCUCAGGCCGAACUGGCAUGUUGUAUCCUGGAAAAUGCUCGUGUUCUUGACCACAUGGAAUUACAACCAAGGGUCGCGGCCGCAAUAUGCAGUUAUGCUGAUCUGAAGAAUUUCGCUGUUGAAAGAAGAUUUUUACCCGGGGUUCGCGAGUGGGCACAGCUUGCUUCGGAACGCUUUGGUAAGGCAAUCACUGUCUUAGACGCCCCUUCAGAGUGAGUAAGGCUAUUUCUGUGUACCAUCAAACUAUCAGCGGCGUUGAAAAUUUCUACCAAGGGUUCGCAAGUGGGCACGACUCACCUCGGAGCACUUUGGUAAGGCGAUCACCGUCUUAGACGGCCCUUCAGAGUGAGUAAGCCUAUGUCAUUUGCCCUUCUGUGUACUACAAAACGAUCUUGUCAUGUCUUUUCAAAGUUAAUGUUGGCUGGCGUUGUUUUC